AUGGGUCAAUCUCAAUCUACGGGCUCAAAAGCCCCCGGGCCACAACCGGUAGCUCAAAAAACCGACUAUUAUGAACUACUAGGUGUGACUCCUGCAGCAACAGAUGAUGAAAUAAAGAAAGCCUAUCGCAGAAAAGCCCUCGAACUCCAUCCUGAUCGAAAUUACGGAAAUGUCGAAGAAGCAACGCGACUAUUUGCCGAAAUUCAAACCGCAUACGAGGUCCUCUCCGAUUCCCAGGAACGUGCCUGGUAUGAUUCCCAUAGCGACGCGUUCUUAGGAUCCGAGGGAAACUCUGAUGGAGCCCCGCAUAUGCAUAAUGUGCGAAUGACAACGGCAGACGAGGUUCUCAAGAUCUUCGUGUUAUUUAGCCCUCGCAUGGAGUUCUCCGAUGCUCCGACGGGAUUCUUUGGUGGCCUUCAAGAACAGUUUACCAAGUUAGCGCUGGAAGAAAGAUUAGCAUGCGAAGCAGAGUGUCUAGAGACGGUCGACUACCCCUCAUUUGGAGGUCGUAAUGAUCACUUCGAAGUUGUUGUACGCCCAUUCUAUAACGUGUGGGCUGGUUUCAGUACUCGGAAAUCCUUUGCUUGGAGAGAUAAAUAUCGCUACUCGGAAGCCCCAGACCGCCGAGUCCGACGAUUGAUGGAGAAGGAGAAUCGUCGUCUUCGCGAGGAAGGGAUUCGUGAGUUCAACGAUACUGUGAGGUCACUGGUGGCUUUCGUGAAGAAACGAGACCCACGUUUUCAAGCGAAUGCUCAGAAUGAAGCACAGCGCCAGGAGACCCUCCGCCAGUCAGCGGCUGCUCAAGCGGCUAGAUCUCGAGCUAUGAAUCAAGCCAAAAUGCGCGAUCAUGUUAUUCCGGAAUGGGCUCGUUCCGAGGAACCUAUUCCGUAUGAAGAAGAGAGCUCCGAAAGUGAGGUUGAGAGCUUUGAAUGUGUGGUCUGCAACAAAACCUUCAAGAGCGAAAAGCAAUUCGAGGCCCAUGAGAAAAGCAGAAAACACGUCAAGGCUGUGAAGCAGCUGUGUCGUGAAAUGCGCGCGGAAAACGAUGAUCUAAAUUUGGACGAUCCCACUCCUGCGACUUAUGUCAUGGUCACGGGUGAUGAGGAAGAUCACGAUAUCGACUUGUCUGAUCACCCAUCAGAAGGUUCUGUCGUUGGCGAGAUUGAGGCCAACCAGGAUGAGGAGCUUGCGGUGCCACUUUCCGAUACAGAUGAACCCAAGCAUCUGUCUCCCAACCCUAGCUCAAGACGCGCUUCUCUAAGCUCAGUCGACGAUGAUGACUACGCGUCAAGAGAAUUCGUUCAAACAAGACUCGAUCAAGACAAUAAGUCCCCACUGGGGAAUAGUAUGACUUCAUUAACUGAACAACUUUCAGCCUCUGGGCUUGACGAUAAACCAGAUGUCCCUCGAGUGGGGAAGGCGAAGCAAAAACGAGCAAAGAAGGCUGCCAAGGGUGAUGACGAUGUUACAGGCACCCUUUGCGAGAACUGCCAUGCUGCGUUUUCCUCGAGGACGAAAUUAUUUGCGCAUAUUAAAGAAAAUCCGACCCACGCGCAGCCACCAGAGGCUACGAAGACUACUAAGGCGAAGAACAAAAAGCGAUGA